CACAUACACACACACAUGCUACCGGAAGUUGUCGAUGUUUAUAAGAUCCGAGUUUGUUGUUCUUUCUCCUCUCUCUCCUUAAAACAAGUCGAUCUUUUUUGCUUCUUAUUUUUGGGCGAUGGUUUCUAUAAUUUAUUAUUUAGUGAUGGCAGCGAUUUAAUGGAAAUUACAACAGCAUUGAUGUGACAAAGCGUAGCAGCAGCCGGAGAUAUGUCUGAUAUUGUGGAGAAGACACUGAGUUCGUUACCGCGGUUGUUGAGUGAGAACCUACUGGGUGGCCUCACCUCACCCACGUCGAGCAAUGGGGCCAACAGUGGCGGGUACCAGUACGGCACGGGACUCUCCAGGGGAUUCUAUAACCUCAUGCGAAAUGUGGAAUAUGCGAGAUCGGUGGCGAAAGAACAGCUUAUUAUACAGAAGGAUCUCUCGGUUGUACAACAGAAAUUAUCUCAACCAGAUAUAUCAACACAUCAGAUCAGGGAUUACUUAACCCGCCUCAUCUUCUGUCACAUGAUGGGUUAUGAUACGUCUUUCGGGUACAUCCAUGCUGUGAAACUUGCUCAACAAGGAAGCGGGUGGAUGAAAUGGAUGGGUUAUCUCUCCUGUGGUAUUUUGUUACACGAAGAUCAUGAGCUAAUAGUCUUACUUGUUAACACAAUAUUGAAGGAUCUUCGUAGCACCAAUAUUCUAGACAAUUGCAUUGCAUUGUCUGCUGCUAGUUCUCUUGUUAAUGCAGAGAUGAUUCCUGUUGUGUUACCUUUGGUUGAAGAAAAACUUCGACAUUCGAGAUCUGUUGUGAGGAAGAAAGCUGUCACAGCUUUUUUGAAUAUUUGGUCAAAAAGCCCAGGUUCCAUACCAAAUAUUGCCAGUAAAUUCAGUGAUGUUCUUUGUGAUCAAGAUCCUGGUGUAGUGAAUGCUUCUUUAAUUUGCUAUCAAUCUCUUAUCAAGGCAAAUCCAUCUCAGUACAAAAGCUUAACACAUGCAUUUUUAAAUAUUCUGAAACAAAUUUUAAAGCGAAAAUUACCUGCUGAAUAUGAAUACCAUUCUAUUCCAAAUCCUUGGAUGCAAAUCUCUUUACUAAAAUUGCUGUCAUUUCUUGGAGCUGAUGAUAAAAACUUGAGCACUCAGAUCUACCCUGUCUUGAAGGAAGUGCUCCAGUGUGCAAACAUGAAGGAAAACAUGGCUUUUGCUAUUACAUAUGAAUGUAUUCUUACUAUCACACACAUUGCACCAAAUCAGGAAUUAUUAGAUGAUGCUUCCAGGGCGGUCAGCAAGUUCUUACACUCCAGUAAUCAAAAUCUGAAAUACCUUGGAAUGAAGUCACUCACUGCACUGGUGAUCGUUGCACCUAAGUAUGCUGUAGAAUAUCAAAUGAUUAUUAUGGAAUAUCUUGAGAAUCCUGAUCCAGCAAUCCAAAGAAAGACUCUAGAAUUGAUGUACCAAAUUGCCAACCCUGCUAACAUUAAAGUAAUAAGUCAACAUCUGCUAAAGUAUAUCUCCAAAGCAAGUCAUGAUCCAUUUUGGCAAGCUGAUAUUGUCGCCAAAUUGUUCAGCCUGGUGGAGAAACUAUCAAGCUGUGAUAAAUGGUAUGUUGACACGAUUAAUAAAUUAUUAGAAGUUACCAAAGGAAAUAUUCCCAAUGAGAUUGUCUACAGACUUCUAAAUGUAAUUGACAAUGCUUCUAAGAAGGACAAGGAAUUUUCUCAUUACAUGUUCACAUGUUACAUGGAAUACCUUCAGAAAGAGUCACUUCCCAACACCAUUAUUCAGGUGGCAGUCUGGGUGAUCAGUGAGAACCCUUGUGAAGUUAGUAAGUCAUUGCCAACUACGGAUAUUGUCAGUAUUUUGUUGUCUCAUUUCUGUAACAAAACCACUUCUGAUGAAAGCCGCUGCUGGAUAUGGACAGCAAUGACUAAAAUAAUACACACCUUGGAUCAUGAAUCUACCCUUUUGGCCCUUAAUUCUCUUGAUGUUGCUGGUAUAAAUAUGUCUUCAGAAACGAACCAACGGUUUCAAGAAGUGAAACGACUGACUUCUUUCUACUUCAAUCAGAAUUCAAAUUCGGAACCGGGCAUGACCUUCCAUGUGAAUCAAGCUUUUACCAGUGAAUUGGAUUUUACACUUUCGUUUGUGGAUGAUUAUGUAAGUUUGUCCUUAGAGAAUGGGGCUAUGCCUUUCAAGCUGAACCAAAAUGAGAAUAACAAUAGUAAAAAUGAAAUGUGGCUGUUUGAUGACCUGCAGUACGACAUUUACCCUUCCUCAGAAAUACCGCCCUGGCCAAACCAGAUAGAGAACGGUCGUACGAAUAACAGAAAACUUGAUGUUAACAGCAACAGCAGUGCCGAGAAUACUUUCACAAAUAUUAGCAACAAGUCUAGGAACUUUAAUUCCCAGUUACUUCAAUUAAAGGGUAUUAAAAAAGUCUGGACUAAAGAUGGCAUCGUCCAAGAACAUUCUACCACUAAUUCUUCAAGUGAGAAAACUGAUUUUGCUGGUGGUUUACAGCAGGGUGACGAAACCAAAGAACUCAGUCAGGAAGAAGAGAUUAAACAGAACGAAAAACAACAAUUUGCUACUGCUUUAUUUGCUGGGAUUUCGCCGCAGGACUCUUUUGAUGUACAAAAUAAUGAUAAAUCUACCCAAGAUGAGAAAACAAAGAAUUUAAGUUCCCACAAAGAUAAAAGAGAUAAUACAUCUUCUGAAACUGAGUCACUGUCAGAGUUUCUGAAGUUGAGUAAAAACAAAAAAGGUUUUGACUGGCAUUCUUUCUCAUCCAAACCUCUUCCAUCUGAAGAGGAUGGCUAUGAAAAUCUCGAUCGAGAAGAACAUUCACCAAAGACUGAUACAGAGCCAUUCAGCGAGCCCUCGGAAGCAGGGUUUGUUGCUGAGCCUGGGCCCGAGUCUGAUAUCCUGCUAGUUAAUAAGACGAACUCCCUCUACGAAGAAUACUACUCUUUACUAUCAAAACAGGAUGACUCCCGAACUGAAAAUCAUUUUGUGGACAAACAAAUGCCAUCUUCUGUUGAUGCUAAAUCAGAACUUGAAGCCCAUGUGUUGCAUGAAAAAGAGGAAGUAGAAAAUUUAUCUUCAGAAAAUUACCCUACAUUAAACUUCAUCUUGUUAUCAGAAUUUGAGGAGUUUAUCAUUAAGACCUUUAAAAGAAAAACUGCUGAUGGUUUAAUAUUGGUUUUAAGCAUAGAACUUAAAAUGAAUCUGAUUAAACAAUUAGAAUGUCAAAUACAAUUAACAUGUGCUCACUUUUUAAAACUUUCUGUUGUUGAUGAUGCCUCUGGAGUAUGGUCAGGCACCAAAACAUCUGAUAUUUGUGGCACCAUUCCUGUAACGUCUUCAAAUAAUCCUCUUUAUAUCGCAAUCAAAGUUAAACCUUUAGAAAUGAGUGAAGAACAACUGUCUUUGGCUGGGAACUUGCAAUUAAAACAAGAAAACUCAGUGGAAAUGGUUGAGAAGCAUUUCCCAUUGGAUCUAACAUGGAUUGAUUUCUGCAACGGCUGUUCUAUAGACAUUGCAGAGUUUGCUGAUGCCUGGCAACAGUUCUCUCACAUGGAGAAGAUUUCUUUGGUGCUACCUCCAAAUACAACAUCCUUUGACUCUUAUAUUGACCAACUUCAGUUGCUUCUGCCAGCCAAAUGUAUCUUUGGAAAAGAAAAUGAAGCCCUGCUGUGUGGUCAUUGUUUGGAUUUCUGCACCUAUUUAAUCCACAUUAAGCUGCUUAACGUUGAAUCUACACUAACAAUACUGCUCAAAUCAGGCAACAGAACUUUGUUAAGUUGUCUACAGUCUUGUCUUCUGAGACACCAUAUGCUGUGAUACUGUGACAUUCACUUCCCGUUCAGGGAGGACACGAAUCUAUUUUUUGCCUCUUUAUAAAUAAAUAAAAACUAUGUAAAUUAACCACA